UUUAUUCAUUUAUUUGUUUAUAAUUAAAUAAUGAAACUUAUGUCAUCAAGAUGUGAAUUUUCCCCUUUUAAAAUAUUAAGCAAAUUUCAACUUUAAUUAUACUUGGUAAUUAAAGAUUUAAUUGGUAUUUGGAAGUUGAGGGAAAGGAGGAAUUUGGUGAAGAUAUUGGAGAAAUUUGAGAGAGAAGGGUGAAAUUUGGAAUUUAACAAAGAAGAGAAAAGAAGGGAAAUUAUUUUAUAAAAGGAAAAGAAAAGGAAAAAGAAAAGGAAAAGAAAAGGAAAAGAAAAGAGAAGAGGGAGAGAAGGGGAAACCCUAGCCGCCGCCGCCAAUCUCCACCGCCGCCGCCGCCGUCGCACGCCGCCGCAAGCCAGCCAUCGUAGAAGCCGCGUCGUACCGCGUCCGCCAGCCGAAGGAGCCGCGCCGCUUCGAUCUGAGGCAGGUCAGCCGAAACCCGUCGCGUCCCGAAGCCGAAUCCACCUCUGCGCCGAACGCGUCGCGAAGCCGAGAUCCACCUCCACGUCGAAGCCGCGUCGCCAGCCAUCGUCGUCUGCAUCCGAGCCGCGAACGCGUCUGCAAAUCCGAGCCGCGAACGCGCCUACACCCGAGCCGUAUCGAAGCCGCGAACGCGCCCGCCUCCAGCCGACGAACGAACCCGAACCCGGAACCGCCCGCGCGCUCGAACCUGGAACCGCCCGCGCGCCCGAACCCGGAACCGAACCCGCGCCCGUGCCACACGUGCCUGACUCUCCCGCGUGCAAGCGCGCCGCGCCGUGUGUUCCGCGUAGCCGAGCCGCGUCCCCUCCCUGUAGCAAGCCGAGCCGCACGCGAAGUCCCCAUACCGAGCCGAGCCGCGUCUGCACCAAGCCGAGCCGGUCCUGCCUUCUUCCAGCCGAGCCGCCAAGCCUGUUUUGGCUCCUUCCACCUAAAUUUUUGCAAAUUGGACCAAAUAGCUGCUGCAGCUUAGGACUUCCUCAGUAGGAACUCAUCUAGCAACAUCUCGAGGUAGAGGACGAGGCAAGGGCAAGGGCAAGCUGGCGAGCGACGUGAAGUGACCGUGGCGAGCCAUAGGGGUUUUCCUGCUUCCGCACAUGUUUUACCUUACAGUUAAAUUCAUGUUUCGGCUUUCUGCAUGUUUACUUUGGUUAUUUUUGUAGAUAGGGCCCGCUUAGGGAUUUUAAACUUAACUCGUAUUUCUACAUGUUACUUUAACUAUCUUUCAUAAAUACAUUUGCUAGAUUUCUUUGCAUUUAUUUACACCGGAUUUUAUGACUUAAACACUGAUCCUAGAUUCAGUAACCACUUCGAUUCAGCAUAAAGAGUCGGGUCGUUACAGUUGGUAUCAGAGCGCAGUGUUUUAGGUCCUGUAGACUGACUUAUGAUGUAAGUCAUUUUGUUUUGAUUUUUACCUCACCCUAUGGCUAUACGGUCCUUCGUCACUCGCCAGGUAUGCCUAAAGCUUUACAAAUAUUAAGAUUAUAAUGUUGCCUGAUUAGAUUAGACUUAGAGUGAGAAUAUUGAGUUCUAGUGGUGAAAAAUUUGUUGGUGAAUUUUAGGAAGAAUGCCGCCACGUAGAGGUGCACGCCGAGGAGGUGGCAGGGGAGGCAGAGGAGCCGGUCGUGGCCAACCGGCGGAGCAACCUGCCGCGCCGCCAGUCAACCCCGACGUACCAGUCAACCCUAAUGCACCGGUCACUCAGGCGGAUCUCGCCGCAAUGGAGCAGCGUUACCAGGCCAUGCUGCAAGCUGCUCUAGCGCCGUUCCUCGCUGCUCAGCAGAACCAGGCCGCCCCUGUUCAGGACCAGCCUGUAGUCCCUCCAGCCCCUGUUCAGGACCAGCCCGUCAUCCCUCCAGCCCCGGUGGAAGCCCAGCCGGUGCCAGUACAACUGUCAGCUGAGGCCAAGCACUUGAGGGAUUUUAGGAAGUACAACCCGAAGACUUUCGACGGAUCCUUGGACAACCCCUUUAGAGCCCAGCUGUGGUUGACAUCCAUAGAGACGAUCUUCAGGUACAUGAAGUGCCCAGAAGACCAGAAGGUGCAGUGUGCAGCUUUCUGUUUGGAGGAUAGGGGGACUGCCUGGUGGGAGACUGCUGAGAGGGCGCUGGGAGGAGAUGCCAGCAAGAUCACAUGGGAGCAAUUCAGGGAGAGCUUUUAUGCUAAGUUCUUCUCUGCCAACGUGAAGCACGCCAAGCUCCAAGAAUUCCUAAACUUGGAGCAAGGCAAACUGAGCGUGGAACAGUAUGAUGCCGAGUUCGACCUGUUGUCCCGUUUUGCCCCUGAUGUGGUAAGGGAUGAGGCCGCCAGGACUGAGAGAUUUGUUAAUGGCCUCAGGUUAGACCUCCAGGGUUUUGUACGAGCUCUUCGACCAACCACUCAUGCGGAUGCUCUACGCAUAGCACUGGAUCUGAGCCUGCAUGAGAGAGCUGGUCAAUCUAAGGUUGUCGGCACAGGGUCAGCCUCGGGACAGAAGAGGAAGGCGGAGGCGCAGCCCGACGUAGUACCACAGCAGACUCCGAGGUCAGGAGGUGUCUUCCAGAGACACCGUCGGGAGCUGGCAGCAGCUGGGAGAACUUUGAGAGAGCUACCCACUUGUACUACCUGUGGGAAGGUCCAUGGAGGACAAUGUUUAGCUGGGAGUGGAGUCUGCUUCAGGUGCAGGCAGCCGGGGCACACUGCUGAUGCGUGUCCUCGGAAACCCUUAGAGACGACGCCACGUCAGCCUUCUGCUCCCCAGCAGGGGAGAGUCUUUGCCACGAACCGGCAGGAGGCCGAGCGAGCUAGUACGGUGGUGACAGGUACGCUCCCAAUCUUGGGGCAUUAUGCUUUGGUACUAUUUGACUCGGGGUCAUCGCAUUCAUUUAUAUCCUCUAUUUUUGUCAAGCAUGCGGGUUUAGAAGUAGAACCGUUGGGUAGUGCCUUGUCUGUCUCUACUCCUUCUGGAGAGGUCCUUUUGUCUAAGGAAAAAAUAAGGGCAUGUUGGAUAUGCAAGAUUUCGAUGUAA